UACCACCACGCGUGCGGUAGUAGGCGGUCGUGUUCGGGCAGGCCAGGUAGUGGACGGCGAGGAGAGGAGUACAAAAAAACGAAAAAUACACACAACAAGAAACCGAGGUGCGCCAAACGUUAUAGUGGGGAAAGGAGUAUAGUAGUAGUAGUAGUAGUCGUCCGCAGUCACCGACGACCACGGCCGGCUGUAACACGACGGCCGUAGACGGUUUUCGAAACCAAAGGAGAAGACAGUAUCGGUCCGCCCGGCAGCUAGUCGCCACCAGCGCACGCAUAGCCCGGAAAACACACCGCUUCCCGCCGAAAAACAGGGACGUCGCCGAGGUAAGAGACAUUUUCAUCAGUUCUUUUCGUCGCUGACGCGCGCGUCCCGGAAAAUCGGUUUUCGCCUAUAACCGGCUGCACCCCCCCCCUCCUGUGUAAUCGGGGCCUCCCCCACCACCCCACCCCGUCGAGCAUUCAACCCCCUCCCACCAUCCCUACCUUGGUGCGGCGCUAUCGCAUAGCCGCCCUCGACCAUGAACUCGCCGGUCGCGCAUCACCGCAACCUCCAGCAGCAACAGCAGCAACAACAACAGCACAAUGACCACCCCAAAGACGACACCGUGGGACAGCUGUUGCAGAGAUCCCUGCAAAACGUCGCCCUGUCACUGCAGACCACUUUCGUAUCGUCCCUGCAGCAGGCCGCGCUUUUGCCGCCCGACUCGCCGGUGGCCGCCGCGCUCAACCUGCAAGCCCUCGAGUCCUACAUCACCCUCCAACGACUGACGGCCGUACCCCGUCAUCCGUCGGUGGACGAUCGGAACGCGGAGGAUGCCGGCGUAGUGGUCGUUCAGGAGGUGGACGACGACGAAGACUACGUGGACGAAAUCGAAGACGUCGACGAAGACCCGGCGGACGUUAAAUGUGGCCGUCUGCCGGCGUUCGCCAAAGAGUUGUCCGGCCUGUCGCCCCGAGCGAACAGGCUGUCCGCGUCGCUGAAAAGCGUCACUUCCUCCGCUGCCGUGGCGUCCCUGGCGACGGCCGACGACGAACCCGUCGACGAACCGGCCGUCCAGCUGGUGUCGCCGGAAAACGGACACCCAACGUCACGGCCGAAGAAACAGUUCAUCUGCCGUUUCUGCAACCGACAUUUUACCAAAUCGUACAACCUGUUGAUACACGAACGCACCCAUACGGACGAGAGACCGUACUCGUGUGAUAUAUGCAAAAAAGCUUUCAGGCGCCAGGACCACCUCAGAGACCACAGGUACAUCCAUUCUAAGGAGAAGCCGUUCAAGUGUCUAGAGUGCGGCAAGGGAUUCUGUCAGUCACGCACGUUGGCCGUCCACAAGAUCCUGCACUUGGAGGAAUCGCCGCACAAGUGCCCCGUGUGCAGCCGCAGCUUCAACCAGAGAUCUAACCUGAAGACCCACUUGCUCACGCACACCGACAUCAAACCCUACAACUGUCCGAUAUGCAGCAAAGUGUUCCGCCGCAACUGCGACCUCCGACGCCACAGCCUAACGCACAACCUGUCGGCGGCGUCCUCACUGCUCAACGAACAGCCCGGUGUAGCCACAAUAAAGAUCACCGCUGCGGAUAGCGACAACACACUGCUGUCAUCCGCACCACACAAUACCGUCACCAUAGCGUGAAUCGUUAACUACCCAAACGGAAAGUUUACUAUUUUAUGAUCGUCAAAGCAUAAAUGCAACAUGCAACAGUAGUUGAUUGAGUGUAAAAAAUAAAUUACAUUGUAUCAUAUAAUACUUAACAAUCCAAAAUGUUGUUUUCUAUUGAAUUUAUUUAUAUUGUUUAUUGUAUUGUUGGACGUUUUCGCGAUUAAAUGUGUACUUUUAUUUAUCGCACUAAUUUGUGUAAUUAUAAUUAUCAUUACUAUUAUGAAUUAUUAUCUUAAUAUAAACAUUUUUUCUGCCGUUCUAUAUAUUUUAGGUUUAAAUCAUUUCG